AUGGAUAAACCACAAGUUGGUAUUGCCAGCGUGUCUGUAUAUCAAUUAUCAAUUGUAAACACGGCGAAAGUAAAAGAAGGUAUGAAAGAGGCUGGUCUUAUUGGCUAUCGUUUUAACAGCAUUGGUGUAAGCGAUGGCAUAAUUAUGGGAACUACAAGUAGUCUACAUGUUUAG